AUGACCGAUCAAAACAAUAUAAUACACGAUGAUGUGAUAGAAGAGUUAAUUGAUAGUAACACACCACCACAAUUUUCUUUUUGCAUAAAUGAUGCUGACAAUAGGGAUACAAUACUAUCGGACACGAGUAAUUCAACUAAUGAUACGUUAGUUGAAGUACCCGACAUAAUAAUAUCGAAGAAUCUUUCGUCGAUACCGGAAAUAAUCGCCCUUGAUGAAAAUGAUGUGCCGAAAAAAGUAUUUUACGACGAAAGUCUCACCGAAGAACAAAUCGCUGAACGUUAUAAUAGCAGAAGAAAAAAAUCGAUUUACAAACCAGUACAAAAACCACCAUUGAUCAUCACAACUACUUCAUUCUUUCACAUUUUCAGAUUUGCGACACCAUUCGAUUAUAUUUUAAUGACCUUGGGAAUAUUUUUUAGCGUGAUGAGCGGUUUAUUAAUUCCGAUCAUGACAUUAUUACUAGGAAACAUCUUUGACGUAUUCCUGGAUAAGGAAAAAGGUUAUAUAAUAUCAACUCAAGUCUUUGAUCAAAAGAUAAACACUCUCAUAUUAUAUUUCUCAAUGUUGGGAGUGGGAUCUUUUGUAUUUACCAGUUUGAUGAUUAUGUGUUGGAUGUGGACGGGUGAAAGGCAAUCAACAAAGAUGAAACAAGUUUAUUUUAGAUCAUUAUUAAGAAUGGAUAUAGCGUAUUUUGAAGGGGAUGAUGUGACUUCAGGAGAAUUGUUAACUGGUGUAAAUAAAGAUUCCGAAGACAUAAAAAACGUUAUUUCUGAACAAUUAGGGUACUUUAUACAAUAUCUCGUCACGGUCAUCAGCACAUUCAUAGUAGCAUUCACUAAAAAUGCUAUACUUACUCUCGUGAUCUUAUCCUCCAUGCCAUUGUUAUUUCUUAUAAUAGCUUACACUUCUCGUAAAUCUAACCCAUUGAUAGAACAAGAACGCGAUAUAUUCGUUCAAGCUGGUAAUAUAUUAGAAAACGCCCUUUCCGCUAUUAAAACGAUAAGGGCAUUUAAUGGUGAAGAAAAGGAGGAAAAGAAGCAUCAUCAAAGCUUACAGGAGGCAAAUGACGUGUCGGCAAAUUUGGCCUGGAUAUUUGCUUUACGAACCGGAUUAUCUCAAUUCUUAUUAUUGUCAUUAUUCGUGCAAGGUUUUUGGUAUGGUGCCAUCCUGGUGGCCGAUCAAGCUAUGGCUCCGGGUGGGGUUUUAAGCGUGUUCUAUUCAAGUAUGUUGGGAUUAAGUGUACUUAAGGGUAUCUUACCUAGGUUGGCUACGAUUGCGAGGGCAAAACAUGCUAUCAAAUCCAUCAAUAACUUAUUGGAAAAGGGAGCUUUGAUGGAUCUAGAAGCUUUAAGAGGUUUUAAGUUACCAAAAAUUGAAGGAAAUAUUGAAUUUAAUCAAGUUAGCUUUUCAUAUCCGAGUCGUCCUGAUACUUGGGUACUUAGGAAUCUUGAAUUGUACAUACCAGCAUUUCAUACGACGGUGUUUGUAGGUGAAAGUGGUUCCGGUAAAUCGACGAUAACGCAAUUGAUUCAAAGAUUAUACGAACCUGAUGAUGGUAUAAUCAUGUUAGAUGGACGUGAAUUGAGGAUCUUAAACAUUUCUUGGUUGAGGCAGCAAAUUGGUGUUGUAAGUCAAGAACCUGUACUGUUUGAUGAUACAAUCUUCGCCAACGUUGCGUAUGGUAGAUCGUAUUAUUGGAAUACCACGGUAGAGGAAGUUGAAAAUGCUUGUAAAUUAGCGUGCAUACACGAUUUUAUUAUCGAGUUGCCCGAAGGUUAUAAUACGUCCUUGGGAGAUAUGGGCAAGAAACUCUCGGGUGGUCAAAGGCAAAGGAUCGCAAUCGCACGUGCUUUGAUUAAAGAUCCCGCCAUACUCAUCUUAGAUGAAGCGUCAAGCGCAUUGGACAUGACCUCUGAUUAUAUGGUACAAGAAGCACUUGAAAAUUGUAGAAAGGAUAGAACCACCAUAGUUGUUACUCACCAACUUAAUCACAUUAAAGAUUCGGAUUUAGUUUAUGUUCUACAUGAAGGUGAAGUUGUUGAAUCGGGCACAAAAUCAAAAUUGUUAGAUAUUAAAGAUGGAUAUUAUAAUAAACUUGCGGUCGAACAUUCUUCGAACCCAAAACGUCGUACUCCUGAAUUAAAUAGCAUUAAUGAACGAUUAAGAACACAGAACACGUUGCAAAUUGACACUAAAAUUGCCAAAUUGGUUUCGCCAGAUUUCUUGACGGUUGGUUCAUCACCAUCACCGACCGCUACUUCUUUGUCUCGCGCCGCUUCUUUGAGUCGGGCCACUUCUUUGAGUCGCGCCACUUCUUUGAGUCGGGCCACUUCUUUGAGUCGCGCCACUUCUUUGACUUGGAGACAAUCCACUUUUGAAGAACAUAUGUUUACGGAUAUGUUACAAGGUACCGCCAACGCUGCAGUUUACAAAAGGCAUGGGCAAGAUGAUGGUUCUUCGAUACUUGAUAUACUUAAUUAUUAUGAGAACGCCGAUGACUACGCGGUCAUUGAUGUAGUAGUAAAAGACUUUGAUGAUAACAAGUUAAAAUCUAAAUUUUCGAUUCUUAAGCUCAUACGAGAAACCAUGGACAAUAAAUUACUUUAUUCGGUCGGAUUAAUCGCGUCAAUCAUAAAUGGAUUUGUUAUGCCAUUUUUUUCAUUCGUCUUGGCAAGUUUAUUAAAUACAUAUUCAAUACCUGAUAAAGAAUUGCUCGUUGCAAAGUCAAGAGAAUUCGCGUUAUACGUCCUUGGAAUUGCCGCUAUAAAUGGCUUAUCAUCACAUUUUAAAUAUUACUUAUUGGAAAGGGCGUCAGAGAGAUGGGCGGUUCGUCUAAGGCAUUUGGGAUUCGGGAAUGUAUUACGCCAACCGCAAUCAUGGUUUGACAAAUCCGAGAAUGCAAUCGGUAAAGUAGCGACCAUCUUGACAACGGAUACCGACUCAUCCAAAAACUUGAUAGGACAUUUCGCCGGUAACAUAGUGUUCGGAUUAGUAUCAUUAUUUGGUGGGAUGAUUUGGGCGUUCGUCAUUGGAUGGCAAUUAACCUUGGUCGGAUUUGGGUUAGUACCAAUCUUACUUAUGGCAACCGAGUAUCAAGGGUUCAUAUUACAAAGAUAUGAGAAAAGACAAAAGGCAGCCACAGAGGAUGCCACGAAUUCUUUUUAUCAAACCAUUUCAAGUAUACGAACGGUAUUUUCUCUCGCGAUUGAACCCGCCAUGGAAAGUAAAUUUCAAAUCGCACUGGAGAAACCUUUCAAAAUUGGUGUUAAAAAGGCUUUCCUUUGUGGUACCACCUCGGGAUUUAUGGAUGCUUUGUCAUAUUUCACCAAAGCUCUGACAUUUUGGUACGGUGCUAGAUUGGUUUCGGAUGGAACUUACGAUUUGAAAACCAUGCUCUCAGUCUGGACCUUGGUUAUAUUUUGCACAACUUCAGCAUCACAAAUGCUCGCGACCAUUCCUUAUUACGCGAAGAGCAAACAAGCGGUUAAAUCCAUUAAUUAUAUUCUCCAACUACCUACGGUAUCUGAUUCAGAAGGUCACAUACCCGACAAUAUUAAAGGUUCGAUCGUAUUUAAGGACGUUAAAUUUUCUUACCCCGAAAGACCCGAAAUAAUGGUACUUGAUGGAUUAAAUUUAACCAUCGAACAAGGUCAAUCCAUUGCAUUAGUAGGUAAAAGUGGUAAUGGUAAAUCCACCGUAGCAGCUUUAUUACAAAGGAUUUAUGAGCCAACGGAAGGAUCGAUCAUGUUGGAUUACGAAAAUUUAAAGAAUCUACAAUUACGAUGGUUAAGGGAAAAUAUUGGCAUAGUCAGUCAAGAACCGGUAUUGUUUGAUAUGACGAUCGGUGAGAAUAUCGCAUACGGUAAAGAAAACGCUACUCAAGAAGAGAUCGAAACCGCGGCUAAACAAGUGAACCUACAUGAUUUCAUAAUCACUUUAACGGAUGGAUAUAAUACUAAACUUGAUUCAAGUGGUUCUAAAUUAUCUGGUGGUCAAAAACAAAGGAUUGCCAUUGCUAGAGUUUUAUUAAAAGAUCCUAAAGUAUUGAUUUUGGAUGAAGCUACAAGUGCAUUGGAUACCACUAAUGAAGCCAUCGUACAAGAAACUCUUUACAAAGUUCAAAAAGGUCGUACGACCUUGGUUAUUACACAUCGUCUUAAAAGUAUCAAGAAUUUAAAUAAGAUUGCUCUGGUUGACGGUGGUAAAAUCCUUGAAUCCGGAACUCAUAGGGAAUUAAUGACCCUCCGUGGUGAAUAUUUUGAUUUGGUUAGAAGUGGUAAUUUAUAA